AUGAUGUAGGUUUAAAUUACUCGUUUAUUCUUGAAUAUGCAGAUAGUGGUGCAUUGAAAAAUUAUUUAAAAAAUAAUUUCAAUAAUAAAUUAGAUUUUAAUAUUAAGCUAUAAUUUGCAAUUCAAAUUGCUGAUGCUGUCUCAUGUCAAAAAGAUAUUAUUCAUAAUGAUCUCCAUUCUAAUAAUAUAUUAGUCCAUCAAAAUAAUGUCAUGUUAAUAGUCUUUGGUCUUUCAUGUGGAGUUGGAGUAUCAAGUUCUGCCAAGAACGUGUUUUGGAAUUGUAUCUUAUAUUGAUUCGCGACGCUAUAAGAGCAAUUAACGACAAUAAUAAUAUAGACAAUAAGAAAUCAGAUGUGUAUAGUGUUGGUGUACUCCUAUGGGAAAUGUCAUCUGGACGAAACCAUUUG